AAAAAUUACCAGAUACAUUCAUUAUCUGGAAUACUUUUUCGUGGUAUUGAUACAUAGUCAGUUCCUGCUCAGCAGCCUGAUUUCGUCCUCUUAUCAUAUCCAGACUUCUCAUUCUUUGCUAUAUUCAAAGUUCUAAUCUCACAUGACCAACAAGUACGAUAGUGACGCUCACGUCCCGGAGGUCAAGAAGAAAGACUUUCGGCGAUCCUAUGAGCUGGAGCUCGACAAUGAGUUUAGUUCUCGGGUCAACCAUUACAACUACAAAAAUUUCUUCAUUUCUGGAGUCCUUUUGUCUAUUUUGAUAUGGGGGUCAUCCUUCUUAAUAACUGCCAUCACAAACUUGCGAACCACUGAAAUACUACAUCAUGAAUACGAACAAUUGUUGAAGGCCAACUCGCCUCCAUUAUUGCAAAGCAGGCCGGCUGUAGCAUGGGAUGGUUCCGGAAAGAUUCCCUUGAACUUCUCUGCUGUAAGAGACGGAAAGUUCAGACCAAAUUAUAAAUCGUUACAGUGGAUCCACGAACCACUGUCCAUCGAAAGCGAUAAGGGUACAUAUGUGUUAAAGGAUGACUCCAACGGACAUUUAGAAUAUACUAUCAAGUCUAUUGUUGACGAUGACUAUCUGUUCACUUUGUACAAUGGUUCCACAUUUAACUACAGCGAUACAGAGUACAAAAUUGAGUCCUUGAUAGCGUCUCCAGACUUAACAAAGGCAAUCUUGAAAACAAACGCUACACACAACUGGAGACAUUCAAGUUUUGCAUUGUAUUGGUUGCUCGAUAUCUCUGAAUCCUCGAUAACUCCGAUAUUAGACACCACAAGCAAGUUGGCCGUCACUUCGUGGUCGCCAAAGUCGACCGACAUUGCAUUUAUUUUUGACAAUAAUGUCUAUGUGAAGAAUAUUGCAUCUGGAGAAGUCAAACAGGUCACGUUUGAUGGAAGUUCUCAGGUCUUCAAUGGUAAGCCGGACUGGGUUUACGAAGAAGAGGUUUUUGCUGGCGAUAUUGUUUUAUGGUGGUCCCCAAGUGGAGAUAAAUUUACUUUUUUGAAGUCAAAUGACACCGAAGUUCCUGAGUUCACUAUUCCUUAUUACGUUCAAAAUGGCCAUGAAGACUACCCGGAAGUUGUACAAAUCAAGUAUCCAAAGGCUGGGUACCCAAACCCAAGUGUUGAGUUGGUUAUUUACGACUUGGAUACCGAAAAAGAUCAGCUUUUGGAAUUGAAAUCUGAGAAGAUUGUGUCGCUGGACAGAUUAAUUACUGAGGUUGUUUGGGUGGGUUCAUCUGUGUUGGUUAAGACUUCAAACAGAGCUAGUGAUUUAUUGGAAAUAUUUUUGGUUGACAGUGUUCAAAAUGAAUCCAAGAUAGUAAGAAGCUUAACCGCUGAUGACAGCUGGUUUGAAGUAACUUCUAAUACCUUGUUUGUUCCUAAAAAUGAAUCGUUGGGUCGUUUAGAAGAUGGUUAUGUUGACACUGUUGUCUCAGGAGGUUUCAACCAUUUGGCUUAUUUCUCACCCCCCAGCGCAUCUGAAGGUGUCUUGUUGACCAACGGCCAAUGGGAAGUGGUAGGCGGAGUUGAGGCAUUUGAUUUCAACAAGAAUAAAGUUUACUUUGUCAGUACCAUGAAAUCUUCUGUCGAAAGACACAUCCACUCAGUUAGUUUGUUUGACAAGUCCAAUAAUGGACUUCCAAAAGUAGAAAAUAUCACAAGUGGUGAAGGUUGGUUCGCUGGGUCAUUUUCAUCUGGAUCCAGAUAUUUAUUAUUGACCUAUGAAGGUCCAGAAGUUCCAUAUCAAAAGUUGAUUGAUUUAUCCUCUCUUAAGGAUGUCAAGACUAUUGAGUCAAAUCAAGAGGUCAUCGACAAUUUAGAUGAUUACCUUAUUCCUGAGGUAAAAUAUGAAGUUAUUGAAUUACAAGACGAAGAAACUGGUGAAAUUUUCAAAGCGAAUGCCAUUGAGACAUUGCCAUUACACUUUGAUAGUCGUCAUAAGUACCCGGUGUUAUUUUUUGUAUAUGGUGGACCAGGCUCUCAGCUUGUAACAAAGAACUUUGCAGUUAGUUUCAGCUCGGUUGUUGCAGCUGAAUUGAAUGCUAUUGUGGUUACAGUUGACGGCAGAGGUACUGGCUACAAUAACUACAAUGAUGAUUUGGGAUCACAGUACAAAUUUAUUGUCCGCGACAAAUUAGGAAAGUAUGAACCGUUGGAUCAAAUAGCAGCUGCUAGAUUAUGGUCAGAGAAGAGUUACGUUGAUUCUGAUAGAAUUGCUAUUUGGGGAUGGUCAUAUGGAGGAUUUCUUACAUUGAAAACACUUGAAACUGAUGUUAAGCAUAAAGUGUUUUCUUAUGGAGUUUCCAUCGCACCAGUUACCAAAUGGAAGUUGUAUGACUCCAUUUACACAGAAAGAUACAUGAGAACCCCUCAAGAAAAUCCAGCGGGAUACGAAAUUGCUUCCAUUCAUAAUAUAACCAAUUUUGAACACGUCAAAAAGUUUUUCAUUGGCCAUGGAAGUGGGGAUGAUAACGUGCAUGUUCAGAAUACAUUGAAAUUAAUUGACGAGUUCAACUUGGGAAACAUUGAAAACUUCGACUUCAUGAUAUUUCCAGACAGCGACCAUUCUAUUCGUUACCACAACGGUAAUAAGGUUGUGUACGAUCGUAUUUUGACUUUCUUAAGAAGAGCAUUCAAUGGUGAGUUUGCAUAAGCAAUUCACAUGUAACAGUACAUCAUUUAUAGUAAUAACAGUAAUAAUAACAAUAAUAACGAAAAUGAGAAGU